CCAAGGUUAUUCUACUGGUUUACAAUUCCGACUUCCAGACUCACUAGUCCUAAUCGCAGAGCCUUUGUUUCUUCCUGACUACACUGCGCAAAAUCACCCAACAAUUCUGUCAACAACGCCACCAUGUCUCAAGAUUCCGAUCUCCAUACGACGCUCGUGCUCGACGCAUUGAGUAAUGGCCUAAACAUAUCCAUGGCAGAGCUCCUCGGAAUCCUAGGUCGACAAGCCCCGAUCUCGAACCUUCUCCUAGAGCCCAUUCUCGGAUUACAGCAGCUUGCCGCGACCACGACGCUGCUUGCUGUACCGAGCAUCCAUUCACAAAAGAAGGCGGCACUAGGGCCCGUGGCAGGAGAAACGGAAGAGGAACGGAAAGACCUGAAGAGGUUUCUAAUCACGUACUGGAUCGCUUUGGGUCUUGCUUGCCUGAUCGCUGUAUCUGCAGUCUGGACCAAAGUGCACAUGGCGGCACACAAGGGCCGGAAAAAGUUCGAGACGAAGAAGAAGCCCCAGUCGGACGUUGAGAAAUGGCAUUUGCGGCGUCAGAGGGAGCGCGAGGCAUCAUUGCAGAUGGGACAAGUCGAUGAUCAGGCUCCAGGCACAUAACACCGUGGUUGAGCAAACGAGGGCGGAUAUGGUGUUACGGUGCAUGGGGUCUUUCAGACGCGCUUCUGUGCAUAUCGCGCUUCAGCAUGGUGCAUGAAUUCUAUACAAAUGACCUAUAUUAGUAUACCAUGCCCCACACGAAACCGGAUGUCUUCUAUAGCUCAAGAACAUCUCGUAUAUGUUUCAAUCGGACGUACAAUU